GAUAAGAGAGAUAAGCGGACUCGAGAGACAGAGAGCAUGAAAAUGGCGACUGCUCUGCAACUGACGACGGACUUCUCCAAACGCACAGUUCUCCUCAAACCCUCUCUCGAGUUCACAACCAUUCCUCGCCAUUUCCGGACCUCUCUAUCUAUACGUCGAGCUUCCUCCUCCUCUUCGUCUUCUGAUUCUUCGCUCGUCAGUCGCAGGCACUUCGUUUCCGAGACGGCGGUGCUGUCUCUGUCCAUCACCACUCUGCCACUCUUUGGAUCCAUACUUCCGGCCAAGGCGGAGGAUCCCACCCUUUCGGAGUGGGAAAAAGUUUCCCUUCCUAUUGACCCCGGCGUCGUCCUUCUCGACAUUGCCUUUGUGCCCGAGGACCCUAAGCACGGUUUUCUUUUGGGGACCAGGCAAACCCUUUUGGAGACGAAGGAUGGCGGAGAAACUUGGGUUCCGCGUUCGAUUCCGUCAGCGGAAGAUGAAGAUUUCAAUUACAGAUUCAAUGCCAUAAGCUUCAAAGGGAAGGAGGGUUGGAUUGUUGGAAAACCUGCAAUUCUGUUGCACACUUCUGAUUCCGGAGACAGCUGGGAACGGAUACCGCUAAGCUCUCAGCUUCCUGGAGAUAUGGUGUAUAUAAAGGCAACUGGUGAGAAGAGUGCAGAGAUGGUGACUGAUGAAGGUGCGAUUUAUGUGACAUCAAAUAGAGGCUACAACUGGAGGGCUGCUGUUCAGGAGACUGUUUCCGCUACUCUUAAUAGAACAGUUUCUAGUGGAAUUAGUGGUGCAAGUUACUACACUGGAACUUUUAAUUCAGUGAAUCGCUCACCCGAUGGAAAAUAUGUUGCUGUCUCAAGCCGUGGUAACUUCUACCUCACUUGGGAGCCUGGCCAGCCAUACUGGCAGCCACAUAACAGAACAGUUGCAAGAAGAAUUCAAAACAUGGGGUGGAGAGCUGAUGGUGGCCUUUGGCUCCUUGUUCGUGGAGGGGGACUUUAUCUAAGCAAAGGUACUGGGUUAACUGAGGAUUUUGAAGAAGUUCCAGUCCAAAGCCGGGGGUUUGGCAUUCUUGAUGUUGGGUACCGAUCAAGGGAUGAGGCUUGGGCAGCAGGGGGAAGUGGGAUUUUACUGCAAACUACCAAUGGUGGUAAGACAUGGACCCGUGACAAGGCAGCGGAUAAUAUUGCAGCCAAUCUAUACUCCGUGAAGUUUAUUGAUGACAAUAAAGGAUUUGUGCUGGGGAAUGACGGGGUCUUGCUUCGGUAUCUUGGAUAAAGGUCAAUUUUGUAGUGGUGAUGUAACACAUAUACGAUCGAUCAUAUUUUAUGUAUUUGAUAUUGGAUGAAGAAGGGUCAAUGCCUCAUGCAUUUGAUAUUGUAAUUUUUCUGUAAAUUAUUACCAUCCACGGACAGAUCUUGGCAAUAUUUUUUACACCUUCAUAGUAAGAGAAUUUGUAUAAGCCA